CGGCGGGGUCAGGGAUUUUCUCUGCCUCGUGAUGGCUGGGUGUUGUGUGCUGUCCUUAGAUGUGAACAGGCGACGAAACUCCGUAAUCAUCAGGAUCAGCUGGCGACCUAGAAACUGUUUGUGGCAGCAACUGCUUUGGACUGCGACAUUGAUCAACAGCUGGCUUGGACGCCUGGGAAACAGUUUCUGAAGGACGUGGGAGAGGAUAAUUUUGCAUUACUCAAGUCCCAACCUCUCUGCUGACACCAUGAGCUUUAACGCAAGAUCCGUUAACUAUGGGUUUCCAGGAGGAAGUUACAGAACAAUUGAUAUUGCAGAAGUAGCAACUGGUACACCAACCGUUCUAAAGGACUCGAGUGGUACAAACUUUGAGGACUACACUUUUGUUAAAACCUGGACUGUGAGGGGACUGAUGACACUAGGAGGAACAGCCAGAAUUAAGUCCAUUUCGUUCACCCACCAGAAUUUCAGUAAAUGGUGCAUGGUUCUUUCAAAGGAAAACAAUGAACUUUUUUUGCAGUUUUUGCUCGAAAAGUGUGAACCGGGAAAGCUAUUGAGAGCGAAGCUGAAAGCUGACGAGAUUCUUCCAAGUGGUGAAAAACGGGAAGUGUUUCCAUCUGAAUGGUACGAACUGGAAGAAGGAAGCACCUCCGAAGAGCAGCUCGUUAGGAAAGCAGACUGUAUAGGAGAGGACAACAGCGAAAAUGAGAUAACACUGCAGUGUGAAGUUUGCAUGCGAUGCAUUGUUCACGACGAGCUGCCCACGGCAGACACAGCAGAACACCAGUCUGAUGUUGCGAGGGCUGUAGGUGAGAUGUACAGUGAAGAAGUCCACACAGACUUCGAGCUGCACACAGAAGGCUCGGUUCUGAAGGCACACAAGUCACUACUGUCUGUACGGAGCCCUUACUUCGCUGCCCUGCUGCAGCCUCACACGAAGGAAGCAAAGGAAGGCUUUGUGCAGAUCACCGAUGUGAAGACCGAAGCACUGAAGCAGGUUCUGCUGUUUAUGUACACGGGUGUGGCGCCGGCUCUCAAGGACAUGCCGUGGGACUUGCUGAUAGCUGCUGACAAAUUCCAGCUCCAGCAGCUAAAGCGACAGUGCGAGGCCCACAUCGCCAGCCACUUGGAUGUGGACAACGCCGCAGAAACUGCAGCCAACGCCUUGCUGUUCUCCUGCGACAUGCUGUGGGACCGUGCGGUGUUUUUCAUCAGAAGCAAUCUCUACCAGAGGGGUACAAAACCGACUACCAGACAGUGUGUAAAAGUCGAAAGACACCAAGUGUGUGACUGUAUCGGACAUCACAGCACAUUGUGAGGCUGCUUUAAACAGUGAAAAUUCAAUGGAGUCAUAGAUGCGAACCAAAGGACUCCCAAAUAAUGGGGGAAAAGACAGAGAUAUAAAAUUGUCUGGAUUUUGGUUGGAGAGGCAGCGAAGAUUUUAAUAACAGCCACUAUCACAAUACACGAUCAAUUAAACUCUGUCUGAUGCUGCUGG